AUGUGGAGAGGUGUGGUCCGUAGCAUACCGAAUUCUGCUCUUUUGCCGUCCAGGAGCAGAGGAAUAACCUUUAGAAUGUAUAGUUCUGCUCCACCAAUGGAUGACUACGAGAAGAAGAUAUUUGAAAUUUUAAGCGAAGAAUUGAGUCCCAAAAAUCUUCUGGUUAGAGACGUUUCGGGAGGGUGUGGAUCCAUGUUUGCUAUUGAGGUGGAGAGCUCCAAGUUCAAGGGUAUUCCCAUGAUCAAACAGCAUCGUAUAGUCAACGAGGUGCUCAAAGAUGAGAUUGCAAAAUGGCAUGGUCUACAAUUAAAGACGAAAGGUGUGUAA